AUGCGGCGAAACCUUGCCGCCCACAUGCCGCCUCCACGCUCCCUGUGUGUGCCGGUGGGACCCGGUGCAGUCGUCAACGCUGCAUCGCCCGUGCCAGUCGCAACCAGGGGCCUAAACAAAUGUCCUUCUACCGCUACCGUGUUACACGAGGCAGAGGUUCGGCACAUGGCUUUUAAAAGCCCACUUGUAUUCCCUUCACUGCGACUCGGCGCCACGCGCUGCACGUACCGGGCGGUGAGACUGGCAAUCCGUAGUUGCUUUUCCUGUCAAGCCCCGUUGAAUGAGGCAGGUAUCGUUAGACACCGUGUCACAAGAAUCUCAAACAAAAGGCCCUCAGAAAUAUCGGUUCCCAGACAUGCCUGUACGCUUCUCUUAUGUAUGAGCGACGUGCAUGACCCUCCGUGA